GGACGUAUUCCAUUGGCUGGAUGACUUCCGGAAAUAGACGUCUUCAUGUAGAAAAAUGCCCGCCGUCCUACCUGCAGUGGCAGAACAGCUUUUUCGAGAUAUCCGUAAAACAUACCAGGAAACUGCUCAAAUUCCUGAUGACUUACUGAUUGCGCUGAGGUUUGUUUUCGGGGCCUGCGCAGUACAAGCUUUGGAUCUCGUGGACCAACGCUCAGUGACCUGUCUGUCAUCGCCGAGUGGACGUAAGGCCUUCCAGGUCAUAGGAGCCUCGGGGAGUUUAUACACUUGCUUCACAUCCUGUCACUACUGCCCGUGUCCCGCCUUUGCCUACACGGUGCUCCGGAGGAAUGACGGCCUAUUGUGCAAACACAUUCUGGCGGUGUGCCUGUGUGAGGCCAUGGGUGUGACCCGCAUGCAAAGUGCGUCGGAUGAGCAGAUGACAGCGCUGCUCAGCGGGACCCUUCUAACCUUCUGGUGAGGACAGCUUGGCUGCCGGGCGGCGGUAUAAUAAAGUCAUGCAGACAAAUGAAGAAGAGCUGACAACUGUAUCUGUCGAUGGCGAUGGCGAGCAGACUGAAAAUGGAGCUCUGGGUGAGAACCAGGACGAAGCAGGCUAGGAAGAGGCAGCCGUAGAAGUCCAG